GAAAAACCGGACGUGACGCAACGCACCACGGAAACCGGAUGACAGAUCAUUGGUACGGCCUCUCGUGUCUCCCAUGAUGAAACGAACUAACCGUGCGAUGAUGGAUCAUGGAGAAGCGUCCGAUGCUAACUGCUUUACGCGAACGCCUUUAUACCAUUUUACAGCAGAAGCUCUUAUUGUCCUCGCGUCGACGAUACCCCUCUUCCAUUGUCGCUUACUGUGACGGGAUAAUUGGCCAAUUUUAUGGGAAUUCCUCAAGAUAUUACGUACAAGGCUCUUUCAAGCUACUCGCAUCUUCGGAGGCAUUCUCCAUGAUGAAAAUUCCUUCCGGUUUUCCCAUGUCGAUGAACUCAAUCCCGUUAUACGUGAUCGUUGACGAUCGACGGGACAUAACAAACGAUCUUAAAAAUCGACAAGUCACAUCCCUUCGGGCGAUCGCUACAUCGACAAUUUCACAGCGUGAUUCCGAUUGCGUCACAUCGCUAAGGCAACACAGCGUCGUAGGGUUUCCAGUUUCUAAAUCAUCGAAGGAACAACUCUAUGACAGACUACUUAAAGUUUGCGGUUUCCCAUACGUCUAUUUGGUCUAUUUGGAUAGAUUAGCCCCCCUUGGUCAAACAACGGAGUGUGCCUUUUAG